AGAAGAAGAAGAAGAAGAAGAAGUCGAUUUAUUAUGUCAGUUUAAUGUGUGACUUCCUGGUUACGCGGUAUAUUCCUCAAUCCGGUUUCUUCUAAAUAUAUAGUAGUACGAGGUGUUCUCCAGACGUUUGAAGGAUUUUUAAUCGACUUUUUUUUAUCUUCAGCUCCAUCAGGGUUUCCUGAGACUGCUGAUCAAAGUUAGCUGCUGAGCUAACUUGUCCGACAGACUGACCAUGUCCGCCUCAACUGGCAGCUCUCCGCCGGGCCACAGCUCAGGCCUUGGCCCGAGUAUGUCUAUGUUCCGAUGGCUGGAGGUGCUGGAGAAGGAAUUUGACAAGGCAUUUGUGGACGUAGAUCUAUUGCUCGGAGAAAUAGACCCUGAUCAAGUGGAUAUAACAUACGAAGGAAGACAGAAAAUGACGAGUCUGAGCUCUUGUUUUGCUCAGCUCUGCCACAAAACCCAGACGGUUUUCCAGCUCAACCACAAAUUAGAGGCCCAGCUGGUUGACCUGCGCUCUGAGUUGACUGAAGCUAAGUCUGAGCGGACAGUCGUGGAAAAGGAGGUCCACGAUCUGCUGCUGCAGCUCCAUUCUCUGCAGCUCCAGCUCAAUGCCAAGCAGGGCCAAGUGGAGGACUCUGACAUCAUCAAAGACAGACUGCUUGCAACAUCCUUGGAAGAGAUGGAACAGGAACUUGAUGCUAGCAAGAAGGAGAAAUUAACUGAGGCAAGACUGGAAGCAGAAGUCCGACUUUUUAAGAAAGAAAACGAGGCCCUUCGUAGACACAUUGCAGUCCUGCAGGCUGAGGUGUACGGAGCCAGACUAGCAGCUAAAUACUUGGACAAGGAACUGGCUGGCAGGGUGCAGCAGAUCCAGUUACUUGGUCGUGACAUGAAAGGACCGGCCCAUGACAAGCUGUGGAACCAGCUGGAGGCAGAGAUUCACCUCCACCGCCAUAAAACAGUCAUCCGUGCAUGUCGAGGCCGCAGCGACCCAAAGAAGUCUCUUCCCUCUCCUGUGGGACAUGACCCUGACACACUGAAGAAAACCCAGGGAGUGGGUCCCAUCAGAAAGGUGGUGCUCCUGAAGGAGGAUCACGAAGGCCUAGGAAUCUCCAUCACAGGUGGGAAGGAGCAUGGUGUUCCCAUUCUGAUUUCAGAGAUCCAUCCUAACCAGCCUGCAGACAGAUGUGGAGGUCUGCAUGUUGGAGACGCCAUCCUUGCUGUCAACAGCAUCAACCUGCGAGAUGCAAAACACAAAGAAGCCGUCACCAUUCUGUCUCAGCAGCGAGGACAAAUUGAGUUCGAGGUGGUGUACGUGGCCCCAGAAGUGGACAGUGAUGAUGAGAAUGUGGAGUAUGAAGAUGACAGCGGCCACCGGUACCGACUCUACUUGGAUGAACUGGAGGACAGCAGCACAACAGCGCCACCAGGCAACAGCUCAGCAUCACUUCAGGCUCUGGAGAAGAUGACACUGAACAAUGGACCGGAGAACGGAAACCCUGGGAUCCCCUCUCAGAAAAAUCCACAGGAAACUCCGUCAAAGCCACCAGACACGGACUACUCCUCAUAAAAUGCCAAACUGACCUCUGGGAUUUUUGGACAAGAACUGAAACAAUUCAGUGACAAUCUGAGAAACUUGGGGAAACCGACUUUUACUGUCCAUUUUCCCAUCUUUCUCUUUUAGUCUAGAUGAAGUGCAGUUUGUGGCUUGUGGCACUUGAUCGCAGUUAUUUUUAUGUGAAAGUUUGAUGCCAUGUUAAUGGGACUGGGAAAAUUUGAGAAUGUUUUUAGCAAUGGGAGCUGACAGGAAUACCUUAUAGGAGAGAAAUAUGCACGCUGACAUGGAAGUGGAAUAAUUUCAUCUCUUUAUUGAUAAAAUGCUUCAGAGCUUCUGUCUGGGGAGACGGUGUGUGUUGGUUCAUUAUCUGGUUUUAAAUAAGGAAGCCUUUUCAGAAAAAGAUUCUGAAAGAAAAAUAAGUUUGUUAGAAACGUAGGACAACUUUCACAAUGAACUCAUUUAGGCAUCAAAUAUUUUAGACAGGGUCUGUUUUUUCUUUUUUAACAGUGACUAUAGAUAUGUUUUAAUGUGUAAACUCCUAUUUGUGUAAUCAGAAGAUUAAGAUGCAACGUGCUGUUUGGUGACCCACCUUGUCCUUCCGUAGCUCUUAGGCUAACAACUGACCCUUUUUAGGUUGCUGAUGUUACUUUUGAUUUUUUCUUCUUUUUUUUUGGUUUUUGUAAACCUCUUGGCUUUUCUUGAGGUUUUUUUUUAACCAAAUAAUUUCAAAAAUAGCAUGAUACAUUUUUUUAAUCACUACUGUCCCUGAAAGUCCAUAAAAAUGAAUGAAUCCUUGUCCUGACAUAUUUAGUUGAUAGUUGAACAGGAGUAGGUCAGUGUUGUCAUCGGCAACAGUAUCACAUGUCCUAAAUAUGUUUAGAGGAGACUACUGUACCCAUCUCUGUUAUGAAUAGACAAUCCUGUUUAUUUUCUGAUAUUUGGUAUGUGUGCUCUUUAAAGCUGCUGCAUUUCCUCGUUCUUUUUAAAACCGUUGUGGAACGCCUCCCAGUAUAACUGUGGAGAAGGUUUGACUGCACCAGUUUUUCCAGGCUUCCACUUCUGCAAUCCAUGUAUUCAGCUGAAUCGUUUAUUAUCCACCUGCUUGUUUUUGAACUUGAAUAAACCAUUUAUUUGUCAUAA